AAAUAUUCCUCGAAGUUGAUUUUCAACCGUUGGAUACAGUUAAAAAUGGCAGAGAGGCGUGAUGAGUAUGGAAACCCGGUUCAGCAUGUCGGUCGACCUGGGACAAACCCGGUUAACCAAAGUGGCACCAUAGGUGAAUAUGGGACAAACCCGGUUCACCAAACUGGCACCAUAGGUGAAUAUGGGACAAACCCGAUUCACCAAACUCGCACCACAGGUGUUGGUGGCGAACAAGGCCAGCUCCAGCGUUCAGGCAGCUCCAGCUCUUCCUCGGAGGAUGAUGAACAAGGUGGGCGUAGGAAGAAGAAGGGUUUGAAGGAGAAGCUGACAGGUGGGCGCAAGGCGACAAAUGUCAGUCAUCCAGGGUAUGAGGGUGUACAGGUGGGCCACGAGCAAGAGAAGAAGGGUAUAUUUGGUGGGCACAAGGCGACGGAUGUCAGUCAUCCAGGGUAUGAGGGUGUACAGGUGGGCCACGAGCAAGAGAAGAAGGGUAUAUUCGGUGGACACAAGACGACAGAUGUCAGUCAUCCAGGGUCUGAGGGUGUACAGGUGGGCCGCGAGCCAGAGAAGAAGGGUAUGAUGGAGAAGAUCAAGGAGAAGCUGCACCAGUAGAACCUGUGCUUGCUAUAUACGUCAAUCCGUGUGGACCUAGAUAUCUAUGUGUCUUAUAUUGCUAAAAUACGCAUGGAGUGUUUACGUUGUUUCUUGUUUGUAAUAAGCCGCGCGUGUUUCCUUCUAUCUUAUUAUGUGGUAAGUAAACUUUUUAUUGUGUGAUAUAA